CGUGUCCGGCCGAGAAGUGCCGUUUUCGGCUUGGGAUCGUCAUGACCACCGCCCUCACCUACGCAGGGGACGGUGUGGCCCACACACUGCCACUGGUGUACCAGUGACGUCUGGACGCCUGAAGAAGAAGUCGACACCUGGGAGCGUCUGAGCUAACGUACCGACCGGCAAAUAUAGGCAACAUUUGAAAGGUUCUAUCAUUUCUCUUUGUCCCUUUCACGCGUUUGUGUUGAAAUUCAACUCAUGUCGUUAACAUCUGUCUAACAUGUCGGCGGAUACCAAGAUCGCUGAGCUGCUCACCGAACUCCACCAGCUCAUCAAACACACACAGGAAGAGCGGUCGCGGAGUGAACACAACUUGCUCAAUAUCCACAAAACUCACGAGAGGAUGCAGACAGAGAACAAAACGUCGCCGUACUACCGCACCAAGCUGAGAGGACUGUACACCACUGCAAAGGCCGACGCUGAAGCAGAAUGCGGGAUCCUCCGUCGCGCUUUGGACAAAAUCGCUGAGAUCAAGUCCUUAUUGGAGGAGCGAAGAAUCGCCGCAAAGAUGGCAGGAGUUUACAGCGACAGCGACCCGCCCAGGAAGACCAUGCGUCGCGGCGUCCUCAUGACGCUUCUCCAACAGUCGGCCAUGACGCUUCCGCUGUGGAUCGGCAAGCCAGGCGAGAGCCCACCGCCUCUGUGCGGGGCCACACCUGCAAGCGGCGACUACGUGGCAAAGCAGGGGGACAAGGUGGCGGCCAGGGUGAAGGCAGUGGAUGGGGACGAGCAGUGGAUCUUGGCUGAGGUGGUCAGCUACAGCCAUGCAACUAACAAGUACGAGGUGGACGACAUCGACGAAGAGGGCAAGGAGCGCCAUACGCUGAGCAGACGUCGUAUAAUCCCGCUACCGCAGUGGAAGGCCAACCCUGAGACGGAUCCCGAGGCACUCUUUGGAAAAGACCAGCUGGUGCUCGCCCUCUACCCGCAAACCACAUGUUUCUACCGCGCUCUUAUACACGCUCCACCGCAUAGGCCCCAGGACGACUACUCGGUGCUGUUCGAGGAUACCUCAUACGCCGACGGCUACUCGCCGCCGCUCAAUGUGGCGCAACGAUACGUCGUCGCCUGCAAAGAGAACAAAAAGAAGUAAAAAUAACAAAUCAAACGCCGCAUUUGUUGGACGAACUAGAACGAGGAAAGAUCGUUUGAUGUCCGACACGUCCCAUGAGUUUCGAGCUUCAAGCCACACCUGGUGGUUGAUAAAUGAACUGCAACCUCUCAAGGAAGAUUUUUUUUCUUUAUCAAUAUCCCUGUGAAAUGUGUGUUCAUGAAAUAUUUGUAAAAGAUUGAAAA